AUGCUAAUCCUACCCACAGCCACGACGGCCGCAAUGUCGCUCCCCUUUGCCGCGUACCUCCUAACCCUCUCGCACCGGGUGAUCCGCGCGCGCAAGUCUACGAACACGCUGAUCGGCGAGCACUCCUCCGCCACCGGCGGGACAGACCCGUUGUACAUCGCCGUGCGCGCGCACCAGAACUAUCUGGAAACCGUGCCCACCGGGCUGCUGCUCGCGCUGCUGGCGGAGCUGAAUGGUGCUAACAGGAGGGUCCUCGCUUAUGCCCUCGCGGGCCUGUGGGUGCUCAGGGUCGUGAAUGUUGAGGCCGGGUUGAGGGCUGAAGGCACCACCGGCGUUGGCAGGAAGAUAGGGUAUUAUGGAACGCACACGUGGAUUGGGGCUAUGGCAGCUUGGUGUGUCCACUUGACAAGGGAUUACUGGGGCUAUUAAAGCGCUCAGAGAAGCACAUGCGAGCAGCGAAGGGCAUGUUUUGCACCGUUGAAGAUGGCCCGGUGGGCGGGAUUUGGGGGAAG